ACUUGCUUAAGGCUACCGUCUAAGCUUGAACUGGGGCCUUGUAGCUCAGACUCUUAACUGCUUUAGCAUAUAGCAGUUUCCUAUCCAGAGUUCAUCAUUAUUCCAGGUUCCAAUGUCAUUUCAAUGGUGCAUAAAAAGCUGCAGAUUCCAGAUGCCUUUUUAAUCAGGGAAUUGGCCACCCUUAAAGUGUCACUAUAUGGAUAAGAACAAUAAUGUUGCUUUAUUGAGGGUAGUGCCAAGGCAUCAUAACCCAGAAGGUUUAUGGCAGAAAUUCAACUUUGCUGCUGCCAGUAAUAAAAUUAAUCCAAGGUGGAGAUGUCCUCUUCAAAGUUCAUUACCCUAGAAUGAUUUCUCCUUCCCUUUAAAGGGCUCUUGAAAGGAUGCACUUGCUACUUUUGGGUACCACUCAAUGCAUUAUUAUUUCUUCAUGACCUGCAGGUAUAUUAAUGCACCUUGACCAGUAGAAAUAAGGGCUGUAAGGUUCAAGAAAGCCCUUCUCUACAUUUCCCCCAGUCUUCAAAAAGGAGCAGAGCAAAAGGGGUCUUUUGAUUGCAGACCAAGUGUGAACAGAAACAAAUUCUGCAUCUUUUUACACAUAUGAAACACUAAAGCACAUUACAUAUUUUAGGUGCAUAUAAAUGUCCUUUUUAAAGGGAUGUGCCUAAAAACCUCACAUGUGAGUAAGAUUAUAUUGCAUUUGGAAGGCUGUAAUCGAGUUUGUGAGUAGCUAGUAGAAAAAAAUAUUGGGCUUCGUUGGAUAAAAGGGUGUCAUCAAAAUGGAGGGAAUAGAAUAGCUGUUUUUACUUUUAGUGAAAGAAAAUGCAUCUCUGAUAGGUGAAUUAAGCACUCUGUGGUCUGAUACUUCAAUUAUGUGUGUGUUUACGAAGAAGUAAUUCCCAUUAUGUUCAGUGGGGCUUACUCCGAUGUAGGUACGUAUAGGAUCACAGCCUAACUACAAUCCUCCGUAUGUUUAUGUACUUAGAAAUAAAUCUAUUUUCAAGAAUGUGGGCACAGGAUUACAUCCUAAAGGUUGUAAUGUUAACCCAGGAACUGGCACAGCCCAUAGUUCCUUUAAAGCAGCUUAAACGUGUGUGCCCCUGCAUUUAAAGUAGCGCUUUUGCACAAUGCACCAGUCUGGUUGGUUUGGUUUGGUAUUCUUUUGUUUUGUUUUCAAGCGGCACGUACAAACUUUUUGCCUUGACUUUCUUGCAGUAUUUGGUGUGUAAAAGGAAGCUGGAAAGUAAGAAGGAAGCUCUGCUAAUUCUUUCCAAAGAGCUGGACACAUGUCAACAAGAAAGAGACCAGUACAAGCUUAUGGCUAAUCAGCUACGGGAGAAGCACCAAUCACUGAAAAAGAAAUACCGGGAACUGAUUUGACAUGUAAACUCCCUUCUUGUAGGACGGGGACCCAUCUCUUCCUCCUGAAAAGAGAAAGCAGGCUAAUCUUGCCCAACUCCUGAGUGAUUCUCGGGAUCGAAAUAAGCAUCUGGGAGAUGAAAUCAAAGAACUUGAGCAGAGGCUGGGAGAAGUCCAAGGGGACAACAAGCUCCUUAGGAUGACAAUAGCUAAACAAAGACUCGGAGAUGAGGAGGUUGGAGCACGCCACUUCGCACCACAUGAACGUGAAGACCUUGUCCAGCAAUUGGAGAAAGCUCGAGAACAAAUUGAGACUCUGCAACAUGAUCUUCAAGCAUCGUUGGAUGAACUACAGGAUGUAAAAGAGGAGCGCUCUUCUUACCAAGAUAAGUCUGACAGAUUAAACCAGGAGCUUAACCAUGUUCUUGGAGGACAUGUAAACCGCAUUAUCGAUAUUGAUGCUCUUUGUAUGGAGAACAGAUAUCUUCAUGAGAGAUUAAAGCAAAUUCAAGAAGAGGUCAACAUUCUCAAAUCAAAUAUUGUAAAGUAUAAGAAUGCACUAGAAAGGAGGAAAAAUUCCAAGUCUCACAGCAAGUCAAAUAGCAGUGCACUAACUGGAGUCCUUUCUGCUAAGCAAGUCCAAGAGCUGUUAUCAGAGGAUCAUGGAUGCAGCCUGCCAGCCACACCGCAGUCCAUUUAUGACCUUAAAUCUUUGGCUACUGCUUUACUGGAGACAAUCCAUGAGAAAAACAUGGUCAUUCAGCAUCAAAGGCAAACCAACAAAAUCUUAGGCAAUCGUGUAGCAGAACUGGAGAAAAAGUUGAGGACUUUAGAAGUAUCUGGUUUGUGGAGUCUUCCAGGCCUGAGCUACAAUGUCUCAGUGGGAUUUGGGAGUGGCAAGGAUACCAUUACAUUCAGUGACCCCGCUAUGCCUAUUAUCCAGAGGUCUCGAUCACCAUUGCUAUCUUUUGCAGAUAAGCCACAGCAGAAAACAGAAGAAGAAACCAGAGAACAAGAGGAAACGUGUGCCGUUAAAACAGAAUUGACACUCCCAGAAAAAACGGCUACAGUUUCUGAUGAUUCCUGCACAAACCAAAACAACGGUAACAAAACCAAUCAUUUUCAUCCAUCAUUACCCCAGUUUCCUUCUGAGGAAGACGGUGCAAAUGGGUUUGGGAAUGAAAUCAUUAAGCUGACAGAGGAGCAGGCAGCUGCAGAGCUGGAAGGGAGCAGAGCAGAAUGUUUGACAGAGAGCCAGGCAGCAGGUCAGCCAGAGCUCAGCAGCUCAUCCGAAGGCGAAUCCCCCUUGCCCAGCCCUCCUCCCUUUGACUCCACAGAGCCCUGCAACCUCCGGGAGAACAAACACACAAACGAGAAGCAAGCCGUGGAAGAAGAGACAGGAACCUCGGAAAGCGACACUGAGAAUCUUUGUGACAAAAAGGAUGAAAGCGGUGACACAGCGAACGCCGAGGAUGAUGAAAAGCAGAUUCCCCCAACUCCAGAUUUCAGUGACAUUCCAGAUAAUGUACCUGCAGCUGUGACAGUUACAGACAGUGCUCCUGAUCUGGGCUCACCGUGACUCACUUUGAUUGUUUUCAGAAAGGAUGUGAUUCCAGUCUCUUCAAGCUUCUCCCAGCUGCUUCCUUGUUGGUCUGUCGAGAAAGAUCCCCUAACACACACACCACACACACACACACACACACACACACACACACACCCUGCAUCCAACACUUUGGUAUGUGCAAACAAACAUACCCUAGAGAAAUGUGAAAAAAAGGAGCAGGACUAAAAUGAUGGCUUUCAGAAUUUUGCCCUCUGCUAUUUGCUGCGAUUAACGUUAUUAGAUAGAGUGACAUAAUUGAGAAUAAUGGGACUUAGCACCCCAUCAUUAUGCUUGAUCACGUCAGUUACAUCUCUGCCUCUUCAGUAUGUAUAAUUUUUGGUGCAGUGCCUGUUUGAAUGUAUCUUAAGAGCCUGGAACGUCAAGGGGGGGUAGAGAGAGUUGCCUUUGGUGAAGCCGACAGAGUCAGAAAUGGUAAAACAUAAAGGCUUCAAUGAACAAGCUUUUGGUUUCUCAGGGUGGGGGGUGAUUCUUCCUGGCACACACAGUUUAAUACUAAACAGCAAAUUGCCUUGAUAUAACUGGUGGCUGUAUAUACACCGUGUCUGGUCAUCGGAUUAAUUACUUGCAGACACACAAACACACAGCCUAUUUUGCUGUUUCUAUUUUGAAGGAGCUUUUUCCAGUAAGUACUAAGGCACAACAGCGUAUUGACAAGGCUGGCCUUGCUGGCCAUGCAUGUACUACCACCCCUCCCUCUUUCCCCUUAUUCUGUCCCCUCUUCCUUGCAAACUGUGAGCUCUCUCCCUCUCUCCCUUUUCCUUUCCCCCUUUCUCCACUUCUCUCUACUUUGCCGCAACUUCAGUUCUUGACUUUCCGCAUCUCUCUUAUGGCUCACACUUUGGGUUGUAUCAAAUGGAGUUCGUCUGGCCUAGAAAUGGAAGUUGAACUUCGUCCAUGUCAGAAUGACGUCUUUUUGAGCUUAAACCAGGGAAGAGUUGGAAGUCGGAUGCCUUCUCUGCUUUCAUUUGAGCAGCGUUUAAACUCAAAAGGUACACCUGUGCAGAAGGGAAGUAUAUACUUUUCUUUCCCUUCUGAUCCAUUAGCCUUGUGGAUAAUAGUUGAAAUUACUCUUUUCUCGUAGCCAUUUUCUCUCUUCAAUUCUUCCCGUGGUGGCAAUCAAUUAGCUUCCGGUGGGAGAGAGUCUUUAGGGCUUCUUGGGCCUGCUGAGCAAAGCUUUCCAUAGCCUACUUCCACUGAUUCUGAAGUGUUUCCUUGCGGUUCCUGGUAGGACAAUGGCUGUGUAAUAUUUAUUGUGGAUAUUUUGCAGCUGUGGAGCUAAAGGGAGGCCUGAUUUU